AGACACCCGCACCAGUCAAAAAUGCAUGGUUAGAGGCGUUACCUCGCGACAGUGACCACUUUCUGCCCUCCACUCGAAGUUUGUAAGUCAGUUGCCAAUCUGCUGCUGCCGCCAUGUCAACAGCCACGCCUCCGCCCGCUCCCGUAAAUGGCGCCGCCUCCAGGGAGAUGACGAGCAAGGACUACUACUUCGAUUCGUACUCGCACUUCGGCAUCCAUGAGGAAAUGCUCAAGGACACGGUGCGCACCAAGGCCUACAUGAACGCCAUCCUACAGAGCAAGCACCUCUUCAAGGACAAGGUCGUACUGGACGUUGGCUGUGGCACCGGCAUUCUCUCGAUGUUCGCCGCCAAGGCUGGCGCCAAGCACGUCUACGGCGUCGACUGCUCGAGUAUGCUAACUCAUGCACGCGAGAUCGUCAAGGCAAACGGCUUCGCCGACAAGAUCACGCUUAUCCAGGGUAAGAUGGAGGAGCUCACACUCCCUGUGGACAAGGUGGACAUCAUCAUCUCCGAGUGGAUGGGCUACUUCCUGCUCUACGAGUCCAUGUUGGACACGGUACUAUACGCACGUGACAAGUACCUGGUGUCUGGCGGACUCAUGUUCCCGGACCACGCCACGCUCUACAUCGGCGCCAUUGAGGACGGAGAGUACAAGGCCGAGAAACUCGACUUUUGGGACAAUGUGUACGGCUUUGACAUGAGCUGCAUUAAAGAGAUCGCCAAGGUGGAGCCACUGGUCGAUACAGUCGGCAGCGACGCUCUAUUGACCGAUGUGUGCCCCAUUCUGGACAUUGAUCUGACCAAGGUCACCAAGGAGGAGCUGGCCUUCUCGUCAACGUUCAAGCUGACUGCUUUCCGUCAGGAUUUCUGCCACGCGCUGGUGGCGUACUUCGACUGCACGUUCUCGGCAACACACAAGAAGCUGAGCUUCUCUACGGGACCCAAGGCCGAGUACACACACUGGAAACAGACCGUGUUCUACUUGGAGGAUGAACUUGCUUGCAACCCCGGUGAAAUCAUCGAGGGCGAGCUGACAUGCAAGCCCAAUGCGGCCAACCCUCGCGAUCUGGACAUUAACAUCAACGUGCGCUUCGAUGGCGGCAGCGGCUCGUACAACCACCUGCACGAGUUCAAGCUGCGUUAAGCUGACAUCAAGACAGAGGCCUCAAAGUAGUAACACUACGCAACCCCCAGAGUAGACUAGACCACUUAACACCAUUUGAAAGAAAGAUACUCAAGACAUGUUCAUCUUCCACGCCUACCCUG